UCUCUCUCUCUCUCUCGUUCGCCGGUCUAUAAACCAGGCCAUUACACGAAUCCGGAAUCACACGACACGCGUAGGUGAGCCGUUUGAAUCAGUACGAGCCUUUGACCUUUCCUUCCUCUGUCCUCUCCGUCCCCGAACCAAACCAUCCCCCACGCCGGCCUCCACACCAUCUUGAUCUUCUGCAUCAAACCGAUCUCUCCCUCUCCGAUUCGGACGAAGAUUCCCAAGUUGAUCCCGCCGCCUUCGAUCCAAUCCGCCCCCGAUUUCGCCCAACGAGCUGCUGAUUCAAUCCGAUUGGGCCCUCCUCGAUUGGUUCCGCAUCCACAUCCGAUACUGUUUUUGGGGUUGAAAUGGUCGAUUCUGAUCGAUCGGUCUCGGUCUGCAAUCCCGUUGACCACUUGAGAGCCAUGGCGGGCUCUUUCAAUCCCACCGGCGCAUGCUCCAAGCCGAAUCGGAGCCAUCAAUCCCACAGGAAUCGGAAGGUGCCCAGUUCCGCCAAUCGUGCGAGAGCUGCCGCCUGCGAUGGAUCUCGGACCGCCGCGAUGGACGUCGCUAUCCUGGUCGCCGUCGUCGUGGCCUGCGGGUUUCUGCUGUUCCCUUACGUCGAGUUCGUGCGCGUCUGGGUGAUCAGAGCCGGCGGCGCGAUCGCCGGUGCGGUCGCGGAGGAGGUUUCCGAGGCUCCGUUGAUUUACGGGUCCAUCGGGCUGAGCGUGUCUUGUGCUGCGUUCGCUUGCUGGUUGCUUCUGAUGUACUCGAGCAGGAAAUGCGGGAACCCGAAGUGUAAGGGCCUAAGGAAAGCGGUUGAAUUCGAUAUUCAGCUGGAGACCGAGGAGUGCGUGAAGAGCGAUCCGUCUUCCCUCAUGAAAGGCGGCUUAAGGAGGGGCAUAUUCAAAUUGCCACGAGAUCACCAUCGCGAGCUGGAGGCGGAGCUGAAGAAGAUGGCGCCGCCUAACGGAAGGACUGUUCUCAUGUUCCGAGCGCGAUGUGGGUGCGUCAUCGGGAGCUUGGCAGUUCCUGGGCCGAAGAAGCAGCGAAAGAUCAGGAAGUAGGACUACUUUUGUUGGGUAUUUGAUUAAAGAAGAGAUAUAGAUUAAUGCAGAGAGACUGGGUUAUUAGGCAGAGAUGACUUGCUCCUUUGUGGAGUCCCCUGAUACAGGGGGCCAUACCGAUACCAUUCCUAAAUAAAGCUCAUCGCGCAAUGGGUAUUAGGAUAAUGUACAAAUUGUUCUGAUCAGACGAUAUUACUGCUCGUUAUAUUGGUUUCC